AUGAAUACAGUUUGUCAACAGAAGACUGCCACUCCUUGUAGGUUCGAAACUACACAAUCGUAUCUUCUUGAUUAAUCACCUAAAAUAUAAUAUAGAAGAGUAAAUUCUCCAGGUUUACCUGAUUGCUCUUUUAGAAGGAGUCACAAAUCAUCAGUUGAUAAGCGGAAUUACAUGACUUUAGGAUAAAUGGAUAUCUAAUAAUUAUUGAAACCUACAAGAUCAGUUGAAGAAAGUCCUGAACAAAAGUUAAAACCUUAUUAUGUGAAAGGAGAGGACAUUCUCGAUCAUCAUUAGCAUUCAUUCAAUCCAUAAUAAUAUAUGAGUGUAAAAGAGGAUAAAGAAAUAUAAGUAGAAGAGGAACCUUUUGAAUCUCCACCAAAAAUGGAAAUUUUUUCGAAACCUUAAAUAAGAAAGCAAAUGAAAAUGGUUGAUAAAAUUGAGAGUGAUAAGGUGAGUGUCGAGAUAUUCAUGUCUGAAUAAGAUGAGAACUCACUUAUUUUUACAGGUAUAACCAAAAGAAUAUUACCAUCUCCUGAAGAAAACAAAUAAAUCUUAAUGCAGAAUUUACAAUAANACAAAAAGUAUAGUAUAAUUCUUACUAUGUCUUAUUACAAGUCAUAGUUAUUUGUAGUUUCAUAUUCUUAUAAAACAUAUUUUAUAUGAGAAUGUUUGCUGAUAAAAGAUUGAAUAUAUUUUAAGUAAUAAAUUAUAAAUAUACAACAGAAAACCAUAAUCUUAAUUGCUAGAUCAUAAAAUUAAUAAAGAAGUUUUUGUUAAACUCUAUAUUUAAAUUUCUAAUAGAAAUGA